CAGUUGCGAAAAAACCUUCUUGCAAUGAAGUCCCUCUUGAUAACGUUUUUAAUCGUCGGGUUCAGGCUUGUCCAAGCCUUCCCGUACACUACUCCACGUGGCACGAAAGAACUGAUAAUCAGAGAUGGAUACAUCGCGGAGGAGCAUGAGACGGCUACCGCCGACGGAUAUUUGUUGACCAUGUUCCGCAUUCCGGGAAGUCCCGCAAACCCUCCUCGGGAGGGUAAAUCGGUGGUUUUUCUACAGCACGGGCUGCUCUGCUCUUCGGCGGAUUGGGUAGUGCUGGGUCCAGGAAGAGCCCUAGCUUACCUCUUGGUGGACGCAGGAUACGAUGUUUGGCUAGGCAACGCACGGGGAAACACUAACUCGCGCAAGCACUUGAUACAUAGCCCAUCGUCGGCUAAAUUUUGGGACUUUAGCUGGCACGAGAUUGGCUUGUACGAUCUGCCUGCCAUGAUUGAGUACACGCUGCAGAAAACUGGUGAAUCUUCGAUUCACUAUGCCGGACACUCGCAGGGCACAACUGCAUUCUUUGUUAUGGCAUCCCUGAGACCUGAAUACAAUGCGAAAAUACGUUCGAUGCAUGCGCUCGCACCGGUAGCCUUCAUGGGAAAUCUGGUUUCGCCCUUCAUUCGAGCUAUUGCACCGUUCAUCAAUCAAGUCGAUUGGAUAACGUCUAUGCUGGGAAUACAUGAAUUCAUGCCGAGCAAUCAGAUGAUGGUUUUGGGAGGUCAGAAGGCUUGUCGUGACGAGUCUCCAUUCCAGGAAGUUUGCGCAAACGUUCUCUUCCUCAUCUCCGGGUUCAACUCACCGCAGCUUAACCGAACGAUCAUUCCGGCGAUUCUAACUAAUACUCCGGCGGGUGCAUCCGUGAACCAAAUUGUCCACUACGGACAAGGGAUCAAUUCAAGGCGCUUCCGACAGUUUGAUUACGGUCUAGCUCUCAAUUUGAUCCGCUACGGAUCCAUCACUCCACCGAAUUAUCCGUUGGAUCGAGUUACCGCUCCUGUUUUUCUUCACUACGGGGAUAAUGAUUGGCUUGCGGCGGUGAGGGAUGUACAACAGCUGAGCACUCAGCUUGGCAAUACGGUGGGGCUAUUCCGGGUUCCUGACAACAGGUGGAAUCAUUUAGACUUUACGUACGCAACCGAUGCCAAGCCCUUACUCUACGAUCGGAUUAUUGAUUUCAUUGGUCGAUGGAAUCAAUGAAAUAAAUGACUGAAUGAGA